AACAAAAUUAGAAACAAGUUCUUUUUUUCUAGUAUUCAGUCAGUGGCAGAAAAUUCUCCUUCUAAAGUCUAAACGGAGAAGAAAAAGAAAGCUAAAUGCAAUCUUAACUUCGCUUUGGUUCCUUUCUUAUUUACAAUCAUGCCAUCACGGUUUUCGCCUCCAGAAUUUGCGGCGGAGACGCCACCGCAGCACCACCGCCACCUACAUAGAAACAUACACCUGCUUCCCCCACUACUCGCUGCAGCCGUAACCAUAACUAUAAUACUUUUAACCGUCUUAACCAUCUUAAUCUACCGGAAGCUCUCCCGCAACCGCACAGCUCCAUCGGAAUCUUCAAGCCAUCGUCACUGCCGCCGCUUCUCAUACUCCCUCCUCCGCCGCGCCACCUCCUCCUUCUCCCCUUCAAACCGGUUAGGGCACGGCGGAUUCGGCUCAGUUUACAAAGGAACUCUCCCCUCGUCCCCCCAGCCGCUCGCAGUCAAAGUUAUGAACUCAACAGAUUCAUUGCAAGGAGAGCGUGAGUUCCACAACGAACUCUCUCUCUCACGCGCCUUGGAUUCUCCCUACAUUGUUCCUCUCAUUGGGUUCUCUUCAGAUUCCAGAAGAAGAAGGUUCGUUCUGGUUUAUGAAUUAAUGGAAAAUCGGAGCGUGCAAGACGCGCUGCUGGAUAGAAAAUGCGAAGAGCUAAUGGGGUGGAGUAGAAGAUUUUGUGUUAUAAGCGAUGUGGCUAAAGGGCUUGAGUAUCUCCAUCAUUUCUGUGAUCCGCCGGUUAUUCACGGCGAUAUUAAGCCAAGUAAUAUUCUUUUGGAUGGAGAUUUCAACGCCAAGAUUGGUGAUUUCGGUCUUGCUAGAUUGAAAACGGAGGAUCUAAUCGAAGGGCUUGAAGAAGGUGAAGUUUUGAGGAAAAAAGAUGUAGAAGAUAACGGAUCGAUUUUAGAAGAAACAGAGAGCGUUUUGACGGGUUUCGAAGAAGGGGCGAGUUUGACUGUUGCUGAUAGCCAUAGAUCACCGGAAAGCUGUGUGCUUAGAGUUUUGGAUUCUGAGGCGUCGCCGGCUUUGUCACCGGAGGUGGGACUGGAAAAAGGGAGUGUUUUAUCUGAAGGACUCUUUGACAAGGUCAGUGUGGAAAGUGGGAGAGAUUUAGCUGGUCACAAAAAGGGUGGUUCGAGAAGAGAUUGGUGGUGGAAGCAGGAUCCUGGGGUUGGGUCUGAAUCGGGGAGGGUUAAAGACUAUGUAAUGGAAUGGAUUGGGAAUGAGAUUAAAAAGGAAAGACCCAAAAAUGAAUGGCUUACUUCUCCAAGCUCAGUCGAUAACAUUAAUGAUAGUAAGGUUUCCAGUUCCAGCGUUGAGCAUAAAAAGGAAAAGAUUCGGAAGAAGGAGAGGAACAGAAAGCCCAGAGAGUGGUGGAAAGAAGAAUUUUGUGAAGAACUAACUAAGAAGAAGAAGAAAAAGAAGAAAAGGGGUCUUAGUUCCAGUAACAAUGGAGAACUCUGGUGGCAAAGAGAUGAAGAAAUGGUAGUAAGGAAAAAGAAAAAGAACAGCAGAGGCAGCAUUGAUUGGUGGUUAGAUGGAUUUAGUGGUGAAUUCAAAAUCGGUAGAAGAAAUAGCCAAGAUUGGGCUAGUGGGGAUAUACCGAAGAGCGGUGGGAUCAGUAGCACGCCGAGUAUGAGGGGAACCGUUUGUUAUAUUGCGCCUGAGUACGGUGGUGGUGGUUUACUUUCAGAGAAAUGCGAUGUUUACAGCUUUGGGGUUCUGGUUUUGGUCAUAAUAUCCGGUCGUAGACCUCUCCAAGUCACGGCCUCGCCGAUGUCAGAAUUCGAGAGAGCAAAUUUGAUAUCUUGGGCAAGGCAACUGGCCUACAACGGGAGGCUUUUGGAACUUGUUGAUCCCUCUAUUCAUUCAUUGGAUAAAGAUCAAGCAUUGCUUUGUAUUACCAUUGCAUUGCUUUGUCUACAAAGAUCACCAAGCAAGCGGCCUACCAUGAAAGAGAUUGUGGAUAUGCUUUCUGGUGAGGCAGAGCCACCGCAUUUGCCUUUCGAGUUUUCGCCUUCGCCGCCAUCAAAUUUCCUGUUUAAAUCCAGGAAGAAGGCGCGGUGAGUGUUGUAUUUCUUUGAUACUAGCAAGCCUUUUGAUUUAACUGUAGAGUUUGUACCUAGCUGUAGGUCAUUUUCAUUACUUCUUGCUUAUGUAGAACAAAUAGUUGCCAAAAUGGAGAAGAAGAAAAGAAAGCUGCUUACAUUAUCUCAUAAGUGGGUCUCUUUCUUGCUUGGCUUGUUCUUAGAAAUGUAUUUUUUUUUCUCCUUUUCUAAGGUGUUUACUUGAGUCUAAAAGUCUCCUUUUUAA